AUGGCAGUAAUUGAACAAGCUGAAUCUCAAGCGUCCAAAGAUGAAGAACUUGAAUCAGUAUGGCUGAAAUUAGAUAAAGAAUACUCCAAUACUUUUUCAAGUAGAGUUGAAAAUAACGAAGAAGAUAUUGUUCAUGAAUCUCCGGCUGUAUCAAUUGCCAGUGAAUUAUGUCCUCGUAUUGUAGAAUUACUGGGGCAAGUUAUCAAGGAAACUGAAAGCAAAAGUAAUAAUAACCUGUCAUCUGAUAUCAUCGGUCCAAAAGUCGCUGAAAUUACUCGUCAACUUUUACUGGACAAACCAAACAAUUUACCAACUGACAUUCUUUUAAGUUUAGUGUAG